AUGGACGACGACGACGGUUUGCGGCUGGAACGGGAGCUUCAGGCAAUAUGGGACCUGCUGGCGUACCAGGACCAGCACGGACAAGAUCAGCAUGCGCUUCUUCUUCACGACGACCAUGCCGGAGACGCGCCCGGUUAUUCGGAAGAGGAAAGCGACGGCGAGUUUGAUGAGCUCUGGUUGUUACUCCCGCGGUUUCGCCCCCGAGGUUCGGCCCCGCAGCACUUCGUCGCCGCAGGGAGGACGGCCGGCUUAAUGCGGGUCGCCGCCGCCGACGCUCCACACCAAGAACAACAAGGAGGCGAGACGCACAUCCUCGUACACUACCGCUACACCCGCUUCUCGGCCGCACCGUCGUCUUCAGACGGCAGCGUGGAAGCGCGCGGCAGCACGAGGGAGCACCAGCUCCGGUUCAUCGCCGCCGCCGGCCACGGGGCCAGGUCGCUGGACUGGGCCGGCGCGUCGCUGGCGCACCUGAUAUACCCGGACGGCUCCAGCAAGCGGCUCCGAGAGCUGUGGACGAGCCUGGCGUCGCAGGUGAGCCUCCCGCCGGGCGCCGCGCGCGUCCAGGUGUUCGUCGACGUCGGCAUCCUCGGCAAGGCGAACAGCACGCAGGCGAGCAUGGACCAGAUGCGCGCCGCCUUGGAGGGCAUGAUGGAGAAGCCGUGGCCCAAGCGCUUCACCGGCAUGGAGCUCAACCUGCCGGAGCCGGUGCGGCGCGGGUGCGGCCAUGAUGAAGACGACAACGACGACGACACGGAUCGGGAACAGAGGCCGGCGAAGCGAAGGAAGGUGGUGGCCACCGACGACGAGGAGAGCUGCAGCGUCUGCUACGAGCUUCUCAAGGGCGACGACCUCGCGGCGUGGCCGGGAUGCGGCAAGCCCCACGUCUUACAUGGCGCCUGCAUGCAGGCCGUCCUCGAGAGCAACCCGUUGUGCCCUAUGUGCAGGCGCGAUCUAUACAUCAAGCCUAAAAAAAGGUCGACAACUAUAAUACACCUGAGGAUUUUGGAGAAUCACAGUUAA